GUGUUGCUUUAUGACGACGUCAAAUUGUAAUCUUGAACAUGUUGCAUUAAAAAAACGGCAAUCUAGCCACACAAACAAUAGCUCUGUCUUGGACAAUGGAGGAUGAAACGCAGAGAACUGUUUUAGAAAAGCUGAUUGAGUAUGGUGACAGUGUGCUUGAAGAGGAUUCACCUCAUCAAACCACGAAGAGGAGGAGAGCAGGUCAUCACCGUGGCAACACAAUAGACGAUGCAGUCCUCAAAGAGAAAAAGAAGAUGAAGAAAAAAAAAGAAGAAGAAAAAACUCAUGUCUGUGAAUGUAUCAAAUAAAACAUUUGGCAAAGAAAAGCCGAACUCCUUGAAGAGUUUUGAGGAAGAACUGAGAUUAUUCCAGGCAUCGCAAAAGGAGAAGAACGUGGAGAAGGAAAAAAUCACUGCGCUAGACAGAAGGAAAGAUGAUGAUGAACAAAGGAGAAAGAAAAGGAGAGCUCCUGAAGUGGUUGUAUUUAAUGACCCUACCAAGAGGAAAAAGGAGAACCUAGCCAAGCCUGAGGGUAGGCCUGGACCCAAGGGAAGAGAGAUCCCCGAAAGAGAAGUAGACCUAGACCUCGCUAGGCACGAGGUUUGGAAGUUUGGCAUAAGUGGUUUGUCCUUUGGUGAUAAGGAGAAGCAUGAAGCGGCUAAGGCAGUCCAGCUGGGUGCAAAGCCGCCCAAGAGAGCGUUUGUGAACUACAAGGAACUCAUGGAAACCAAAAGGCUGAAGAAGAUUGAGGAGACGCAGCAGAGAGAGAUCGAUCGACAGAUGGGAAUGAAAACAUCAAAGAAGAAAGAAGAAAAGAUACAGCUCCAGAAUAAAGGCUUCUGGACCGACAAGACGCAGAGGAAAGGGGUCUAUGUGGACGGGCAGCUUGGAAAAUACAAGAGGGGUGUUCAAGUCUUUACAAAGAGGGACAUGGCACAGAUUAAAAAUCAGAAAGGGAGAGGUCAAAGGUGACAUGAAGGUCAAAUUUCAUAAGGACAUCAUUUUUUAUCUUUCCUUCAUUUUUAAAGCCUGUCUUCACUAAUGGGGCCAGGAGGGAUUAGACCUCCCUGAGUGGUCACCUCAUCGAAUCAGCUCUCAAUUAAAGCCUCGGUCACAAAUGCCAUUACGAACUGCUACGAAUGCCGUACAAUUUUUAAACAAUGGAAAUUCAACGGUGAUUCGUACGAAAUAAUCGUCUGACGAAGCUCUGUGACCGCUGCAUAACAUAAGAAAAAGGGGAUCAUGGGGGACCAAUGGGUACCGCUUACGCAUUGUUUGCUAUAUAGAGGGCGCAAGUAGCUACAAGUAGUGCAGUCCCGCUUUAGAGAGCUUUUAGUGCAGGAGGACCAAGUUUUUUUUAAAUGCAUAUCAGGGAUUAUGGUUUUGGUUAGUCAAUGAAAAUAUUCAACAAUAUGAAGAAGAUCUCGAUGAUGAAGACUACAAUGCUGAAAAGCUUGUUUAAAUUUGGCUAUAAUGCAAUCUCUUUUAAAUUCAUUUUUUAUUAUGAUUAUUAUCUUGUACUUUUAAUCAUUUAGUCCAAAGUUUGUUGGAUUUUCCUUCCCAGAAUUUUAUGGCACAUACUAACAUAUUUCAAACGGAUUUAAAUACCAUUCAUUUUCUUUGAGCCUUUAAAUUUUUAUUGUUUUUUUUUUUAAUAGUAAGUCCUUUUUAACAAGCUGUAAUGUUUACUACACAUGCUCAAUGCCUUAAUUAAAAAAAUCUUUGCUGUAAUGCAUUUUUUAUUAUCAUUUUUUUCUGUAGCCAUUUGAGUCCAAAGUUUGUUAGAUUUUUCUUAUCAGAUUUUAUGGCACAUAUUAACAUAGUUCAAACAGAUUUGAAUAUAUAUCAUUUAUUAUCUUGUGCCUUCUAUUCUUAUUUUAAAUAGAAAGUCCUUUUUAACAAGCUUUCAUUUUUACCACACAUGCACUGCUAGGUACUAGGACAACAGAUCAAAAUGUUCACUUUUGUCUUGAUUUGCCACUUUUUUAUUCAAUAUGAAGGUUGAAAAACAGGAUUUUCCUUCUAGAUCUCAUAAAUAACACUAUGUACAUUAUCUACAUGUACAAACAUUUCAAAAUACAUUGAUUCAAAAUAUGAAUAAAGAAAUAUACAGCAUAUCAUCA